AUGAGUUUUUACCAGGAGCUUCCAGGCAUUAUGUCUAUCGUUACACUAAUCGGCUGCUGUUUCUUCACAUUUUUCCAUGUUGCCGCAAACAUCGCCUCUCCCCGGGGGGCUCCCUCAACGGAGGAAUGUGCUCAUUGUCCCAAGACGCAAAAGACACAAGCACAUACGAACACGCAACAAUUCCCGACAAAGGCCCAUACCCCAAACGGCCUUAACCACUAUGAAAUUCUCGAAAUUCCAUUAUUCUCAUCGGUUGAAACCGUAAAAGAGGCAUAUCACGAGAAGUUAACUAUAUACUACCCCGAAAACUUUAGGGGCGACGAAGAAGAAGCGAGCAUGAAAAUACACCAAAUAAGAGAAUCCUACCAAGUCCUCACAGGUAAGGAACGCUGCAUCUACGACUUUAAUCUUGGGUCGGGUAUACGCCGUUUUGUCGACUGCAAUCAAGCACGGCUCGACAGAGAAGAGGAGAUUUUCAACGAAAAGCGGAAGGAAGCGAAACUGAGAAGAGAGGGACAGAAGCAAAACCAGGCGCAGGGGAAAUCAAGGUGCUCGACGGAUUGUUACAAGUGGAAGGAAGCUUGCUUUGAGGGUCGAGGACAUCAGAAUAUCUGCUAA